GAAUGGACAUAGCAGCGCAGUUCCGGCACAACAAAACGGUAUACGGUUCAACUCCGACCCGUACUCGAGUAGAUCAAUAAAUGACGUCGUUUCAUCCUCAUAACCACUAAAACGACGCCACUUAGCAGGUCCGAAUUCCCAAUUCAAAAAGGAAAGAGGCAUCUUUUAUUCUCUCUCGCCUGCACACUCAGCUCUCUUCUCUCCGGCGAAGAGAGGGGAGAGAGUGAAAGAGAGCUUAAGGAAGCUGAGCUCUUCAUCGCCGGAAGCCUCUCUCUGCUCGCAAUUUGGUCGGUAAUUGUGAAGAUCGUAAAUUGAAUUCCUACACCGGCGUUUUAGUUGGAAAAGAAACUUAGAGGAUGGACUUCUAGACUAGUUCUACUGUUAAUGAUGGACCACAAUCACUUGACGAUAAAAACCUUUAUGGCCAUCACGGCCGACAGAGAUGCUGCCAUCCGAGAAAAGAACAUGGCAUUGGAGGAGAGGAAGAGGGCUUUUCAAGAGCGUGAUAUGGCAAUGUUACAGAGAGAUGCAGCAAUUGCUGAAAGAAACGCUGCCAUGCAAGAACGGGAUGAAGCGAUUGCUUCUCUUCGAUAUCGAGAGAGCUCAAUGAACGACAACACCGAUAUCCCUGAUUCAUAUGAAAAUGAGCUUGCAAGUGGGGGCAAACGUAUCAUUCAGUACCAGCAACAACAUCAAGUGCGUGUUUCUGAAGCUGCUGGAUAUAGUCCUAAAGGAAACCUACGAGGAAAUGAAAUUUUUCUUGCAGAGACUGCCGAAACCCCCAAGCCUCGGAAAGGGAGGCAGACGAAAGACAAAGAAGGAAAAGGAACGAAAUCAGCCAAGCCUCCGAGAGCAGGCAAAAGAAGUGCGGAAGCAGUGGUAAAAGAGGAGGUAAAUUCUGAUGCGUACAAUGGUUGGAGUAACGAACAGGGUUUGGACAGUGAUGAUGAGUACCUAGAGAAGCAAGUCUCCUGGAAGGAUAAUCUGGGUUUAAAUCAAAUCAAUUUUGAUGAAUCAGCCAUGCCAGUCCCUGUUUGCUCGUGCACAGGCUCGCCACAGCCAUGCUACAGAUGGGGGAACGGAGGCUGGCAAUCCGCGUGCUGUACAACCACGAUCUCAAUGUAUCCACUGCCUCAGGUAGCGAACAAACGCUACUCCAGAGUUGGGGGGCGAAAGAUGAGUGGGGGUGCAUUCAACAAGCUGCUCAAUCGACUCGCUGGAGAGGGGUAUGACUUCUCCUCUCCCCUCGAUCUCAAAGACCACUGGGCGAAGCAUGGCACCAACCGUUACAGCACUCUUAAGUAGCUUCUUUAUCGAAGAACAUAGUUGUGUUAGAUGUUGCUAUGCUCUGUUGUUGUAAUCCAUCGCCUAGUUUUUAUUCUCUAUUUAUAGUUGCUAAUAUAUUCAUCGUAAUUGCCUUGAUUGGAUUUCUAUGUGGAGUGUAUACAAAUCUUGAAAAUCUGAUCGACUCGAACCAUUCGUAGUCUAAUUCACAAUCUGUUGUAUACUGCUUA